UUUUCGCUCAUUUUAGUUUUAUUACUAUAUAUUUUCAUUUCAUCCUCACUUUGCCAAGUUUGAGUCCUUCCUUUGCACGCCACUGCUUUCUAUUGUGAUUUUUCAUUUCUUCUUCACCACCUCUCUUCUUUCUACCGCAGUUCUUCAGCUUAAUCAACCAAUGUCAACUCAAAAAGGAAGCAUGGAUAGUGGAGGUUCAAGGAAACGUAUGAAACCUGAGGUACAGGAAAAGAUUGGAGAUGAAGCAGAAUCGCAGAUUGUACUUGUACAGGAUGAGGGAUUUGAGACUAACCUCAUUGGAUCUGAAGAUAUGGAACUCAAUGUUUCUCUUGUUCUCGAGAGGAUUGAGAAUUUUACUCAGAGGGUAUCUGAGCUCUUAGAAUCAGGGAAAACAAUGUUUAAGGAUCUCUGUAAUGAAUUUGAAGAGAAACUGAUUAUGAUUCACAAGGAGCAAGUCGAAAAAUGGCAGGAAGAAAUCAAAGAAUUACGUGCACUUGAUGCGUCAAAUGAGGAAGCCAACACUCUUCUGCAAAAUGCUCGAUAUGUACUUCAGCUCAGCCGUAAUGAUUGAUGAAGGUAGUUGCCUGGUGUCUAUAUUCAUGUAUAAUCUGUCACCCCCAAACAUUAAUCAGGUAAAAAGUAUACAUCGAUAGAAGAGAUGUGAAUGUGCCAAACCUGGGAAUACUUGAGUUUUGGAUUAUUAGGAUUCAAUUCAUUUCUGUUGGACUGUGUUUGACUGGUUAUCGUUAGAUUAAACUUUAAUUUGAAAUA